AUGAUAUCCAUCGAAAAUAUAAAAAAAUGUAGUCAGAUCCUCUUUACUGUUGUCCUAUUACUUACUAUAGCAUUUAUAUCAUUUCUGGUAUAUCGGGGAAUCAAGAGUAAUGACUUAGAAUAUACUCAAACACAUGAAUUAAUUAAUGUAACAAAGAGGCCUAAAAUUGUUCUACUUCUGUGGACAUGGCCGCUCAGAUAUAGUUUCCCCCUAAACAGGUGUCCACCAGAAUUUGAUGCUUCUGAUUGCCUAUACACAAUCGACCGGGACAUGUAUUCAUCUGCUCAUGCUGUUAUCAUUCAUCACAGGAAUAUAAGUACAUCUAAAACCCUAUUACCACAAAUUCCAAGACCACCAAAUCAGUUCUGGAUUUGGUCCAACAUGGAGUCACCAUCUAACAGUCUAAACCUUGUCUUUCUAGACAACCUUAUUAAUCUUACUAUGUCUUACAGGGUUGAUUCUGAUAUUCCUACGCCAUAUGGCUGGUUGGUCUCAAAAAACCAAGACAGUAAAAAGUACAUAAUUCCUAAAAAGAGCAAGUUGGUGGCUUGGAUGGUUAGUAACUGGAAAAAAAAUUCUAGGAGAGUAAAAUAUUAUGAAGAUCUUAAAAAUUAUUUAAAUAUUGAUGUUUUUGGAAAAUACCACAAACCACUAUCAAGAACUGACUAUAUGAAAAACAUAUCCACUUACAAAUUCUACCUGUCAUUCGAAAAUUCAAUACAUGAAGAUUACAUCACAGAGAAGUUUUGGAAUAAUGCAUUUGUUUCGGGUGCUGUGCCAAUAGUCCUGGGUCCUCCCAGGAAAAAUUAUGAACGAUUUGCCCCCCCAGAAUCCUUUAUUCAUGUUGAUGACUUCAACACUACAAAAGAACUGGCUUCAUAUAUCCUUGACUUGGACAAAAAUUAUCAGAAAUAUCAACAGUAUUUUGUAUGGAAGUCUAAAUAUGAGGUAUCUCACAGAGGAUCUUUUAUGCUACAGUACUGUAAGGUGUGUCGGGCACUGAAAGAAGCCCCUGGUUAUAGAACGAUUCCAAGUAUUGCAGAAUGGUUUAAAUAG